GUGUCUAAUUUGCAACAGCGCAGACCUCAACUCCAUCUUCCAAGAUGAAGUACAUUCUUACCUCCGCGUUGCUCGCCUCCUCGGUCUUCGCUUCGGUCGUCCCAAGAGACAAUAAGAAGGUCGACUACAGUGGCUUCAAGCUCCUGCGGCUGGAGAACACCGAAGGCCUCGAGGACAAGAUCGAGGAGCUUUCCGCCCACGUCCUCAACCCUGGAAAGUCGGCUCAGCUCGAUGUCGUUGUAUCGCCCGAUAACUUCGAUGCGAUAACCUCGCUGGCGGAGAGCAAGGUCAUUAACGAUGACGUUGGCGCCAUCCUGGCUGAGGAGGGCGAAAUGAGCGUGUAUGCUGUCCCUAGCGAGAGCUGGUUCACGGCAUACCACCCCUACGCGGAUCACUUAACCUUCCUGCGCGAUCUCCAGGGCGGCUUCACCGGCAACUCGGAGAUCAUCACCUCUGGUUCUUCUGUCCAGGGACGUGUCAUUACCGGUAUUCACAUCUGGGGAUCUGGUGGCAAGGGAUCGAAGCCUGCAGUGCUCAUCCACGGUACGGUCCACGCUCGUGAAUGGAUCACUACUAUGAGCACAGAGUAUGUUGCCUGGCAGCUGCUCACCAAGUAUGCCUCCGACGCCAACAUCAAGGCUGUUGUCGACAAGUUCGAUUUCUACAUCAUGCCCAUCGUCAACCCUGACGGGUUCGUCUAUUCCCAGACGACUGACCGUCUCUGGCGCAAGAACCGCAAGACCAUCAGCGGAAAUAGCUGCGUAGGCACUGAUAUCAACCGUAACUGGCCCUACAAGUGGGAGCUCACUGGCGGUGCUAGCACCAACCCUUGCUCCGAAACCUACAAGGGCCAGGUCGCCGGAGACACACCUGAGAACCGUGGUCUUACUGCCCAGGUUCAGUCGCUCAAGAACUCUCGCGGCAUUCGCCUGUACCUUGACGUCCACUCUUACGGACAGUACAUCCUCUGGCCAUACGGCUACGACUGCAGUGCUCGCACUGAGAACGAUGCUGCGCACCGUACACUGGCCACAAAUGCCGCAGCCGCCAUUCGCGCUGUCUCCGGAACUCCUUACACCAUCGGCCCCAGCUGCUCGACUCUGUACGCCACCACCGGCUCCUCCACCGACUACACAGACGUCACUGGCAACGCUACCUAUUCAUAUACAUACGAGCUCCGUGAUAGGGGCACAUUUGGCUUCUCUCUGCCCGCCAGCCAAAUCCAACCAACAGUCGUUGAGACCUGGGCUGGUAUUCUCAACAUGGCCAGGGCGGCAUAAGGGUAUUGGCGAUGUUGUAAAUAAACCAAUUAUUAUCAUUGCCGCAAGGACCGACAUUCAUGACCGUGCCUUGUUGGUGCAGUCAUUGAGAACACUCCCAGAUAGGACAAUCUCACAUGCACUCUGUAAAUCAAUUUCGUCCAAGCAGUCUCUUGCGUGCGAUUUGUAAUACGGGUUGAACGUACUAUCCAGACCGCG